AAUGACCUCGGGAAAAUAAACUGGUAAACUAGAGGUCAAAUUUAAUAAUUGAAAGAAAGGCUUUCGGUAAGAGUUGAAAAUUGCUUUCUCCGCCAAUCUAUCUUUAAAAAAUAUAAUUUGGUGUUUGGCCACAUUAUGAUUACAACAAAAUUGUUUGUUUCUCAGGCAUAAUGCUCUCGGCUAGAAAAUUAGGUAACAAUUUGGUACGAUCUUUCCAAAACCCAAUUCUUCUGCAAGCAAGACUUUCAUCAUUGAAAGCUUUUACCUACCAAGAUCUCUUUGCUAUUGAAAAACCGGUUGAUACUCCAUGGAAAAGCUUAGGAUCUGAUGGUGUAACAGUGCAAGAAUUGCAUGGUCAAAAAAUUUUAAAAGUUUCGCCGAAAGCCCUAACCCGUCUCUCUGAGCAAGCUUUUAUCGACAUUGCCCAUCUUCUUCGUCCUGGACAUUUAAAUCAAUUAUCAAACAUUCUAAAGGAUCCAGAAGCUUCAAAUAAUGACAAAUUUGUUGCAUUAGAACUGUUAAAAAAUGCUAACAUUGCAUCUGGUAUGAUCUUACCAGGCUGUCAAGACACGGGAACUGCUAUUUGCAUGGGUAAAAAGGGUCAAUAUGUCUGGACUGAAGGAAAGGACGAAGAAGCAAUUUCGAAAGGAGUCUACAAUACGUACACCUCUAAAAACCUGCGCUACUCUCAAGUAGCUCCUUUGGAUAUGUAUAAGGAAGUCAACACCGGAACAAACUUACCAGCACAAAUAGAAUUAUACGCUACACAAGGGAAUGAAUAUAAUUUCCUUUUCAUAGCAAAAGGUGGUGGCUCAGCAAAUAAAACUUUUCUUUAUCAACAAACAAAAGCACUUUUGAACCCAGAAAAACUUUUAAAGUUUGUUGACGAAAAAGUGAAGACAUUAGGAACAGCCGCCUGUCCACCCUACCAUCUAUCUAUUGUUAUUGGAGGAACGUCAGCUGAAUUGAACUUAAAAACAGUCAAAUUGGGAUCAUGUCGAUAUCUGGACGGUCUCCAUUCUGAAGGAAAUGAGCAUGGACGAGCCUUCCGAGACCACAAACUAGAAGAAGAAAUAUUACAAAUUUGUAGAAGUACCGGAAUUGGUGCUCAGUUCGGCGGAAAAUAUUUCUGCCACGACGUGCGUGUAAUUAGAUUGCCAAGACAUGGAGCCUCUUGUCCUGUAGGGAUAGGUGUCUCAUGCUCUGCCGACAGACAAAUUUUGGGUAAAAUAAAUGAAGAUGGAAUAUUCCUGGAACAGCUUGAAACCAAUCCAGCGAAAUAUCUUCCUGAAGUAGAACCUACACAGUUGGGGGGUGAUGUUGUUAAAAUCAAUUUAAAUAAGCCCAUGAAAGAAAUACUGACUGAACUAAGCAAAUAUCCCAUCAAAACCCGCUUAAGUCUAAGUGGUACUCUUGUUGUUGCUCGAGAUAUUGCACACGCAAAAUUACAGGAACGGUUAGACAACGGCGACGGUUUACCAGAAUAUAUAAAAAAUCAUCCAGUCUACUACGCUGGUCCAGCAAAAACACCUGCAGGAUAUGCUAGUGGAUCUUUUGGUCCAACCACCGCAGGACGUAUGGACUCAUAUGUUGGACAAUUUCAAAAAGCAGGAGGAAGUAUGGUAAUGCUAGCAAAAGGGAAUAGAAGUAAGCAAGUCACAAAAGCGUGCCAGGAAUUUGGAGGAUUCUAUUUAGGCUCUAUCGGGGGACCCGCUGCCAUUCUAGCCCAAAAUAAUAUUAAAAAGGUCGAGGUACUAGAAUAUCCAGAACUUGGCAUGGAAGCUGUCUGGAAAUGUGAAGUUGAAGACUUUCCUGCUUUUAUAGUUGUUGACAACAAAGGAAAUGACUUCUUUAAAGAAUGGCAAACUGAGUAA